UGGUUAUAUCGCAUCACGAACAGAUAACAGAGCGGGACAGUUUAUCGCCAUACGCAAAGAGAAAUCACAAGAAGAAGUGAAGAAGAAAGCAGCGAAAAUGGCCCAAACACCCCUCAAGAAGAAGGCGUCGACGAGUACGAAGAAGCGAACAGCCUCCACCCUCGGACCGCGCAACAUCGCCCCCAAGAAGCAGUUGCUCAUUAAGCAGAAGAAGUUGAAUAAGAAACUCACAUCCGGCCUCGUCACGCGAACAGAACGAACCCUCGCUCAGAAAGCAGGCCAUCUGGAGAUGUUGGCUGGGGGGAAGAAAUCCCAGAAGGAGAAGGAGAAGGAGGAGAAGGAGAAGGCGAAGAAGAAAUGAUCUAUUCUUGUUGUGUUUCUUUUCUUGUUCAUGUUUGGAUAAUUGCGCUGGAAACUUCGUGUUAAAGAGCUUGUUGCUGUUACUGUUACUAUUGUUGUUGCUUUGACUGUUGCUGUUGCUGUAUAUCAUUAUGAUUAAUGAAUGAUAG